GCCGCCUCCGCGGUGGCGGGGAGUUCCCUCCGCUCCCGGCUUUCCCCUCAGAGAUGGGGGGCUGAGGGCAUCUGGGGACCCCUGCCCCGCGCCGCGCUGGCCUGGCGAGGGCUCGAGGAGAAUCAAUGGGCUGCCGAUGGGUUCCCCAUCGGGCCGUCGUGAAGGGUCUGGGGUUCCGGGAUUCCCGGAAGGAGUCAAGACUGAGAACAACGAUCAUAUUAAUUUGAAGGUGGCGGGGCAGGAUGGUUCUGUGGUGCAGUUUAAGAUUAAGAGGCAUACACCACUUAGUAAACUAAUGAAAGCCUAUUGUGAACGACAGGGUUUGUCAAUGAGGCAGAUCAGAUUCCGAUUUGAUGGGCAGCCAAUCAAUGAAACAGACACACCUGCACAGUUGGAAAUGGAGGAUGAAGAUACAAUUGAUGUGUUCCAGCAGCAGACAGGAGGUGUCUACUAAAAAGGAAACCUGCUACUUUACUCCAGAACUCUGUUCCUCCAGACCAAGAAGACAUUCUCAAUUAGAAAGCCGCAAUUUGGUUCCACCACAUCCUGACUACUACAGUAUAGUUUUCUCUAUUCUUUCAUUUUCCCCUUCCCCAUUCCUUUAUUGUACAUAAAGUAACUGUGUAUGUGCACAAGCAUAUUGCAUUUUUUUUUAACUAAAUGGCCAAUGGUAUGUUUUGAUCGACAUCAAAUGGAGAUGGGAUGGGGGAAAAUACUGCUUCUGUGAAAAUACCCCCUCUCUCCAUUAGUGGCAUGCUCAGUCAGCUCUUAUCUUUAUAUUCCAGUAAGUUAUUUUGCUCUCACUGUUUAACAAAAAAAAGAACAACAUAAAAAUCCUUGCAUACCUUGUUCGAUUGGAGAAUUUUAAUGUUUUUCAUUUAUCAUUGUAAAACCAAGGACAAUUUUAUAACUUUUUUGUACGUAGCUGUUACAUGUAGGGCAAUCUGUCUUUAAGUAGGGAUAAAUUACUCUAAAAGAAAUGAAUCCUAGAUAGUUUUCCCUUCAAGUCAAGCGUCUUGUUGUUUAAAUAAACUUCUUGUUUAAAAUGA